UUUGCACCAUUUUUUUUCCUUUUCUUUUUCUCUUUCUCCUUUUCUUCUUCCGCUGCUGCCUCUCGACGAAGAUGGCGUCCCAGUCCCCUACCUCCGUCUCCGCCACCGUCGGAUACUUGGAGUCACUCACCCCCGCGCACUCCACCAACACGUGCGCGGGGCGCCCGAAUGCCGCCUCCACCUCAUCGAAGAGCGACUCAAAAAAAAUUUGCACCAUUUCUCUUUUAGCCCCUGUUUCGCUUCAUCAACAACACUCAUCAUCCUCCCAACUCCCUAAACCCCCUGGCGGUUCUAUGGCCUCCUAUACCACCUCCUCUGCCGAGGCCGCGGCGCGGGAGCCGACGCAGCGGGCGUUACUGCUGGCGGCGCGCACCACGAUCGUGACGGGCGCGUCACACGGGAUCAGGCACGCCAUCGCGGCGCACCUCGCGUCGCUCGGCGCCGACGUCCUCCUCGGCUACUCCUCCAACUCUGCUCAGGCUGAGCUCCUCGUCACCAAGCUCAACUCCUCGUCGCCGACAACGAAUCCGAGGACGGAUUUGGAAGGCAGGGCUAGGUUGUCGGCGAGGAAGAGGCCCGCGGUGGAUCCCGUGCCGUAGAGGAGGAGCCAACGGCCACGGCGCCAAUGAAGACGCCGCUAAAGACCUACCGCUUCGAGGCUGCGGCGUCGCAGAGACCUCCGCGGCAUAAGGGUAUUUUGGUCAAAAAUUAACUAGGGUAAAGUAUUUAGCCUAUGGUUAACUAAACUUUUCUAACGGAUUCUAACGGUAAGGACAUAUCUGACAACAUUGUGAGUUUUGUAGGGAUAAUUUAUGAAAGUUGAACUUUAUAUGGAUAUAUUUGUAAUUCACUAUAUUU